AUGGUAGGCGUUGGUGGUCGCUCUGGAGGUUGUCAUACCUGUCGACGUCGACGUGUGAAAUGCGACGAAACCCAUCCAAAGUGUACCAGAUGUGAAAAGGCCAAGAUUACUUGUGAAGGAUAUGCGCGCGAUUUGAAGUUCGUCGACGAGAAAAGUCGAGCUCAGAAAAGAGUACAAGUGAAGCGACAAGCAUAUCUCGAAGCGGUACAAGCAGAAGAUGAACAAAAGGCUCAGCGAAAAGCACGAACGACCCCAGAGAAGGUGGCUGCGAAGACGAUUGUCAAGCCGACUUCGAGAGACCAGGUCCCGCCAAUGCUGUCGAUGGAGGGGUUCAGGAAUACGGUGGAGCUAGAGUUUAUGUUAAACAAACUCUUUUCAGGAUGGAAACUAUUUAUACCAUGGGUUAUGAUGGGAUACAGGGGCACGGCAGACUGUACGACAACACAGGCAGUCAACGCUCUGAGCAGUAUGUACUACGCUCGUCGCCAUCAUGACGAUAAGAGCUUCGACUUGGGCAUAAAAUCCUAUUCGAAGGCAUUGCAAUUGAUGAGUGUAGAUCUAAAAGAUCCAAAAGCUGCAUAUAAGCUUCCAUUGAUGAUGGCAUCUUCUUUUGGUGGCAUGAUACAACAUCUUGGGGGGGUACACCGUCUCAUUGAAGCUCGUGGACCAGAGCGACAUCAAACACGACCGGAAUUGGACGUUUUCGAGGCCGCGCGGACGGGCAUCAUACACCAAUACAUGGAAAGGAAAAAAGCCUGCUUUCUAGGCACUGAACGAUGGAGGACUGUCCCAUGGCUCAAACACCCAGAAAUGAAACACCUAUUGUCAAUGAUCUGUGAUAUCAAGGCUCUUCUUCCCGCUUUGCUAGAAGAUAUGGAAGCGUUGCGGACCGGUCAACGUUCUUCACCAGCGGAGUUCCGAGAUCUCUGCCAAAGGGUAACCACGCAGUUGUACGAAACAUAUCUUUGGCGCGCCGCGUGGGAAUCACAUAAUUCGAAUUGUGCAUUCAUCAUCAAUAUCAAUGAUCCCACUGUACCAUAUACUGCAGCUAUCCAUUUCACAUCAAUGGCCCGAGCCGUAGAACUUGCGCAUUACAACACCUGCUUGCUCGAGCUCUACAGAAUGGCGCGCCUUUUAAUGGGCCCAAUGUUCGACAUAACAGCUCCAGCUGCUAGCAUCAUGAUCCCUCGGACGAAUCUCCCACUAUUACUACCAGGCGAUCCAAAAACAAUUCAAGAUGUGGCACUCGAAAUUGUACGUACGACAGACUAUGCAUUGUUGGAACCACACAGAAGUGCUGGUUAUUUCCAGAUAAUGUUUCCCCUUCGAGCUGUCUUUGAGGUUUUCAGACCUGGCAGUAGAGAGUGGUACUAUUGCGAAAGGUUAUUCAAUGAGAUGGCUGAUCAAGGUGGGUUUACGUUGAGUCGGAAGAUGAUGCUCAGAGGUACGGUGGGAAGAAUGUUGAUGGAUGAAGAUAUCAACACUUGA